AUGCCUAUUGGCCUCCAUUCGCACUCUACAUUCAGCCUCGCUGAACUUUAUGAUGCUCUUUACCAACGUACCUGCGCAAUUUCAGACUGUUCCAACACUGCAAAGUACAUCAACAUGGGCAGUCUAGUACGCGUUUGCGAGACCUGUGUCUAUCCAAGAGUUUGGUGGAUUAUCAAGUCAUUCGCAUCCAACUACUACUGUGCCCAGAAAGUGCGAACGAGCGAGCAUACGGAAGAGAACGAGAAACCACUGGAGAAAGAAGUGACAGCAUACAAGGUACAGAUGGAUGAACGCAUCGACUUCGUCGAAGUUGGUGUUUUGGAGAGGAGAGGUAGAGGUAUUGAAGGAGUUCUGGGAAAGGGGAUCAACGACGGAGACUUGGACAGACGGUGGGCUGGUGGCUCGGCUUAG